GCACCGAGCGUGUGGAAGCGGAGCAUGGUAGAGAAAAAGAGAGAGGAGACUCAGUGACUGGACUCUGGAGCGGGUCAGUCGGCUGGGAGCUGAGUGAUCAGCCUGUCUUGUGAACGGUUGUAAAACGUCACGUAUGCCGUUUUCUCUGGAGGCUGACGAAUUCUCAGCAGAUGUACAGGUGUGACGAAAACACGACGACGAUUCACUGACACGUCGUCGUGAUAGCAAAGUGGGAAAGAAUAGGUGAACCGGGGAACGUAGGUGAGGAAGAGAGGAUAUAGCCAACCAAGCCCACAGACGCUAGGAGGAAAACCUGAAAAGAUGUUUGGAAGAAUCGGAGCGCCGAAGGAAAUAGACAUUGAUAAACCGUACUGGGAUCAGAGCACUUACCGCGGAAGGGCAUUGCACUUUUUGACGGUAACAAAUCCGCUUAAUGUCUUCGCCACGAGCCAGCAACUUGAACACGCGCGUGAUGUUGUCACGAAAUACAGACAGGGUGAGGUCUUAGAAAAACAAGGAGUCACCGAAAACGAAUUAUGGAGAUGCAAAUAUCUUUACGAUAGCGCCUACCACCCUGAUACCGGCGAGAAAAUGCUGUUAAUAGGCCGUAUGAGCGCGCAAGUUCCCAUGAAUAUGAUGAUAACCGGCUGUAUGAUGACAUUUUACAAAUCAACGCCGGCGGUAAUUUUCUGGCAAUGGGUCAAUCAGUCAUUCAAUGCCAUAGUAAAUUAUACGAACCGUAGUGGAUCAAGUCCGAUUCCAACGGAAACAUUAGCGCGGAGUUAUAUCGGCGCUACGGGAGGCGCCGUGAUAACGGCAUUGACUCUGAACCGUCUCGCUCAACGUGGACCACCGUUGGCAGGCCGAUUAGUGCCACUGGCGGCAGUUGCGGCAGCUAAUUGUGUGAACAUCCCUCUUAUGAGAGUCACUGAACUUCAAAAUGGUAUUGAAUUACAAACCGAGGACGGCACGAAAGUCGGCCAUAGUAAACGAGCAGCUAAACAGGCAAUAGCAACUGUGACAUUAUCGCGAAUACUUAUGGCCUCUCCGAGUAUGAUAUUAGCGCCAAUAGUAAUGAAUUACCUAGAUCGAAGACAGCUGUUACGUAAUGCGAAAUGGGCUGCCGGACCAAUUCAAGUUUUAAUUUGCGGAGUGUGUCUCACAUUUGCAACGCCGCUUUGCUGUGCUCUCUUCGCACAGCGCGUCCCUAUUUCAAUAAAUCAAUUGGAACCUGAUAUACGAGAGAAAGUACGAUUGCACGAUACUAAUCUGGAGACUGUAUAUUACAAUAAGGGUCUUUAAACGUGGCAAGAAUCAUAUAGUUCUUGAAUUUUUAUCAUUCCAAGAACAUAGCCUAUUAUUGAAACUCAGGUACAUACAUUCCCGAACUGAACAUUCGAAAGCAUAUACUACCAUGGACUUCCAACGAUUCAUAAGUGAUUCGUUCUUGAUAUUUAUACUUGUUGGUACUUAUACUUCCAUAAAUAUCAAUAUUCACGUAUGUUUCAUUUCAUGUGUGACCACGAGAUAAAAAUUUGCAAAAACUUGAUUAUAUCGGAAUAUCUAGUCAAAUCUUGAAAAAAAAAGAAUUAUUAAAAAUGCAUUUAAUCUUUCUUAUUCAAACUUUCAUAUAAAAUUUUUUCUUAAAUUCUUUACACAGAAAUUUUUUGAAUUAUGAUAAAAUAUUUUAAUCUUCUCGAAUAACAAAUCUUCCUAGAUUUUUAGAUUUCUUAGGUAGUAAACAGUCUGCUUACGAUUCAGAAACGAGUCUCUUAGCCUGGAUAUAUGUCCAAAUACAUACAUAUCUUUCAUUUUUCGACCUAUGUAUGUAUAACGAACCUAUGUAUGUAUAAUGAAUAUCUUAGAAUUUAAGAAAUGUCUAAAUAUUUUUUUCUUGUUGAGUGAGAAAGGGUAACGAAGACAAUAAAAUUCAAAGUUGAAUGUUU